GAGGUCACUGAGGGAUUUAUGAUAGGCCCUUUCGAUCAUCCUCCUUUCUCCGUAUUCCGUAUCAGUCCCAUCGGUGUCGCCACACGCAAAUACUCGGGGAAAAAGAGGCUGAUCAUUGACCUGUCGUCCCCACACGGCUCCGACAUCCCGAGCAUCAACAGCCUUAUUCCUAGCCCGGAUUUCUCCAUGCAGUACGCCACCAUUGACCACGCCAUGGCACUGAUUCGUCUGGCGGGACAUGGAGCAUGGCUGUCUAAGGCUGAUAUCACUAGCGCAUUCAAGGUCUUGCCCAUUCACCCCGACUUCUGGUGUUAUUUCGGUGUCUGCUGGAAGGGGGCUUACUACUUCUCCGUGCGUCUCACUUUCGGCUGCAAGAGCAGUCCCAAAAUCUUCGACUCUUUAUCCGAGGCUCUAUGCUGGAUCCUCUCCAACAAUUACAGGCUCCCCUACGUCCUUCAUCUCCUUGACGAUUUUCUGGUCGUGACUCCCCCGUCCUCACCUCCUCGCCACGGUCUCACUACACUUACGUCUGCAUUUUCCGACCUUGGUGUCCCUCUGUCCGAAGAAAAAACUUCAGGACCUGGCACAUCCAUCGAGUUUCUGGGCAUCACUCUGGACUCAAUGUCAUUCCAGGCUUCACUGCCCUUGGAGAAAGUGCAGCGCAUCUCGCUGCUCUUGUCUAAUUAUCUCCUGACAGACAGGUGCACCAAACGCCAGCUGCUCGCUCUCCUCGGGCACCUCAAUUACGCCAUCCGCAUAAUUCCACAGGCAAAAUCUUUUCUUUCUCAACUGCUGACCAAAGCUGCAUCCAUUCCCUCUCUCCACGACCACGUGGUUCUGGACGACACUUGUAAAACAGAAAUGCGCAUGUGGCAGCAAUUUCUGUCAUCCUGGAACGGCAUCUCAUUCUUCUAUGACGACUUCAUCACCCAUCCCGAGGACAUUCAACUCUACACGGACGCGGCUCCCUCCGUAGGUUUCGGCGGGUAUUACGGGGGGAGGUGGUUUGCUGCCGCUUGGCCCUCCGAGUUCGAGUCCCUCGACACAGAGUCACGCUCUCCCUCGUCUGCUCUGUACGAGCUGUACCCCGUGAUCAUCGCCACUCUAAUCUGGGGGCAAGAAUGGUCAAAAAAAUGCAUCAAUAUUCACUCUGACAACACAGCAGUAGUAGAUAUAAUCAAUAAAGGCCGUUCCCGUUCCCCAGCCAUCAUGCCAUUCACCCGCAGACUCACUCUCAUCUCCGCUCAGUAUCAAUUCAUCCUCCGCGCGUCUCACAUUCCCGGUCACCACAAUGCCAUCGCUGACUCACUCUCCCGCUUCUCCUUCCAGAAAUUCAGAUGCUUGGCUCCAGACUCGGAUGUCCAUCCCACACCAAUCCCACCGUUUUCAGCGACCAUAUUCAGCUAAAUC